CAGUAUGACAUGCAGAUGAGUGCCGUCGAUCUUAGAAUCACCGCACACUUCACUCAUUUUGGGCAGUCACGGGGCCAAAACCAGAGUGUGGAGCCACAGUGUGGCGGUGGAGGCAGCAGCAAUGGGAGGCCAUACAGCACCCUAUGACAAAAUGGAACCCACCAGCAGUGUGAGGAGACCUGAAAGUGGCACAUGGCAGAGUGUGGCGAUGGAGACAGCAGCAAUGGGAGGCCGUACAGGGACCCAUGACACACUCUGGACCUGGCAGCAGCAUGAGGAGUCGGUACGGGGGCCCAUGGUAGAUUACGGGCCUGGCAGCAGCAUGAGGAGGCGGUACAGGGGCCCACAGGCCUAGGUUAAAAAGUCCCCCCAGCAGCAGUGUGGGGAGAC